ACCAAUUCAACUUGCUCUAUCGUUCACAGGCUCUCUGCCUGCUUUCUACUUCCUUCACUUUUGAAGAUUGUUCUUCAUUAAAGAUGAAUUACAGACUGAAAAAAUCCAGGGUUCUAAUUUCCCUACUCCUGUGCAUCGCAGUGAUGCCUAUGUUUUUCAGUCCUUCAUGGAAUUUAUCUGUUUACUCCUUUGGGCCCUGGAAGUCAAGCUUUUGUUCCUGUCUCAAAUGUAUAAGAGAUGGUGAUCCUUGGUUUAGGGAACAGAUUGAUGCAUCUCCUGAACCCUUUUUGCCAAGAAAACACAGCAUCUCAGAGAAUGAUUUCCUCUGGUGGAAGAAAAUAAAGCAGGAAAAAUACGACUUCGCUUUCUUCAAUGCAACAGUAGACAAGGUGUUUGAGAUGCUACCGAUCAUUUCAGAAGAUGUAGAACCCAAGCCUGAUCGCUGCAGGGUUUGUGCUGUAGUGGGGAAUUCUGGUAAUUUGAAUGGAUCACGUUAUGGACCUCUGAUUGAUUUGCAUGAUUUCGAUUUUUUGUGGCUCCUCGAGAACGUUGGAGAAAAUGGUGAUUUAAACAAACAGAGCCUAGCCAACAAGAAUUUGGUGACGAUCCUCAAUCCGGCUUUCAUGAAACACGUUCAUCAAGUUUGGUUGCAAAAGAAGGGUGCUUAUCCAUCUACUGGCUUCAUGGCUUUGGCAAUCAGCUUGAUGAUUUGUGAUGAGGUCAGCGUCUUUGGGUUUGGAGCAGACAGCAAUGGAGACUGGGGCCAUUACUUUGAAAAAAUGAAAGAGCAAAAUUUUGGAACUGGAUAUCAUCCAGGAACAUAUGAAUAUAAUCUUAUUCAGCAGCUACACAUGAUACAGAAAAUCACAUUGUAUAAAGGACAUUAAUUUUUUUCCUUUGUUUGUCCUUCCUCUUUUUUAAAUCCAAUGUUUACAGCAAAGCUUAAUUCAUUAUUAACGUAAUUUAUUUUGUGCUUCAGUGUUUUUAUCUUUAGAGGAGUCAUCAGAUUUCUUUUUUAUAAAAUUGAUUCUCAUGGUGUGUUUUUAUAUAUUCAAAAACAAGGUCUUCAGGUUUACUAGUGCUUCUAAACCAUAGAUGUUAAUGUGAGUGUGAAAAGUUGUCUGUCCUGAGACUAGGGUGUACCUUCUUCUAGUGACAGAGGAAAUAGCAUUGAGCUUCCUCUCCACUACACUCAACUACAUAAGAGCUGAAGACGAUGGAUAGAUGGAAAAGUGUUUCUUUCGAGUAGGCAUCAAGAUUAUGAUAGUUAGCUAAAAGUAAACUGAAAACUACUAGUUGUAAUAAGAAAAUAUUCUUAAAUUCUCUAUUGCCCUUCCACACUUUUUAAGCAGCCUAGUGUUGAUCCACUAAUUAUUCUUUAAAUCAGACUUAAUCUGCUUUUAAUUGCAAAGAAUGUAUUUAAUUUUUGCACAUAAAACUGUGUGGUAAUCAUUAUUAGGAUGUUGAAAAGGUUGUGCAGAAAGCUGGUCAAAAGAAAAAACAAAAAUAAACAGCUGAUGAUGGACAGAUGCAACAAUAUCAAUUGUGCAAUACCUUGUGCAAUAAAGAGGAUGUAAGUUGUAUCACAAGACAAAAAAAGUCAGCUGAUCAUUUUGUUUCACUAACUCUUCCGGGAAAUACAUUUUGUAUAGGGUAUAGGAGCUGUGGCUGUUUGUCUGUGCCCACCUUUAAAUUUUAAAUACAUAUAGACAUUGAGGGUUCUUGGGAGGGGCUGUGCUGACACCAGCUGUUGUCUGGCAGUUGGUCGUUGGCACCCACUGCUCUGCUGUUUUCGUUCUGCAUCAGUGAUAUACUGGCUGCCUUGGUUUGUGAUUGCCAGAUGCAGUGGCUGCAUUUUUAGGGAAAUAGUUGUAUAUAACUUUUAUUGUUUACCAUAUUUGUGCAUAGGUUUUUAUUUCUUUAUAUUUGCAUUUCAAGUUGUGAAAAUAAUUCAGUAAACAUGUCUGUGGUUUUUACAUACAAAUAUAUCACAUUUUCCCUACUCGGUUUUUAUGUUUUUUGAGUGAUUUCAGAUCAGUUGUAUUAAUACAGUAGUCAGUGAAAAAAUAACUGUAAUCCACAUAUGUGAAAUUGUGCUGAAAAUAAGAAUACCAAACAAGACAAGACAAAAAACAUUUCUAAAGGUGAAAUAUCAAGGUAAAAUCAAAAAUAGUCAAGAAUGAUAUUUCAUAAUUAGUAUCACAUACAGUGUUCCCUCAUUCAUCGUGGGAGUUAUGUUCUAAAAAUUGAUCUACGUCCCUACCCCCUACGGUAACGAGCUGUGGGUAGUGAUCAAAAGAAAAAGAUUGCGGAUAUAAGCGGCAGAAAUGUGCUGCCUUCGAAGGGUGGCUGGCCUCUCCCUAAGAGAUGUGGUGAGAAGUUUAGCCAUCCGGGAGGGGCUCAGAGAAGCGCUGCUGCUCCUCCACAUCGAAAGGAGCCAGUUGAGGUGGUUCGGGCAUGAAUCUGGGAAUGCCUUGGUGUUCCCCCGGACAAGACCCCGGAUAAGCAGAAAAAGAUGGAUAGAUGGAUAUCAGCAAUACUGGCCCUGUAUUUUCUUGGUAUUGGAUCGACACCAAAAUUUGCAGUGUAGCACAGCACUACUAGGAAUGAGUGAAAGUGUGAAUGUUGAAUGUUUUUGAUGAAAUGUCCAUGCAAGCAUAUACGUAUUAAAUGACACGAUAUAUGUGUUCUAAUAGCUAACUGACAACUUCAGGUUUUUUAUUUCUAUAUGACAAUUCUUCAUAAUUAAACAAUAAGAACAAGUA